UCCUCAUCUCUUCAAAAUUUGUCACCUGCGCUCCAGCAUGCUCCAUCGAGACCUGAUUUGCACCGAAAACACAACAUGCAUUAUUUUCGAAUCACCUGUAGUAUUCCAACAGGCUUUGAAUGCCACAAUAAUCCUUCCAAUCAUUUUUGGACUCCUAUUAUAUGGCAUUUUUUCAGUGCUCUUUGGUCUCAGCAUAUACAUCUUCCGAAAAAAAUACACACCGGGAAAUGCAUAUAUUAUUGCAACAAUCAUGUUCUUUACACUAGCCACAGCAUCUAUUAUCCUUGAUCUUGUUUACAUAUGCACAGUAUACUUGCUCCCGUUUUCUAUGUCUCAAAGCUCUGGAUACAUUGGCACCUCAAAUGAAUCAGUUGCUUUCAAGUCUGCUAUGGAACUGCUCUUUGUUGUUGCUGGUUUAUUGGCUGAUACUAUGAAGAUCCAUCGCUGCUAUAGACUUUGGAGCUCGAGAAAGCUCAUAAUUAUUGUCUCUCUCCUUCUCGUGCCUGCGUGUAUUAUUCUGUGGAUAGUCACAACUGCUUUAAAAUCUGGUCAGACAGCUUAUGUGACUUACAUCUAUGUAACACUUGCACAGAAUGUCUAUUUGUCGGGGAUGAUAGCUGGACGAAUAUGGUGGUGGAAUCAAUGCAACAAGAACAUGUUUGUUUGCCAAGUGAAGCUCAUUCUGGAGUCUGCUACUCUUACCCCCAUUUUCCUUCUUCUGUGGAUGACUCUCAACUUCUCUGGUCAUGACACUAUUCUGAGCCCCUGUGCAUUGACACAGAUUGUGGGUAUUGCAUCAACAUUGAUUGCUGUUCGGAUUGGGUUGGGCAUAGAUGAUUCUUGCCAUGUGCCUUUACCUGAUCCAACACCCAUUCGAGAUGCUGAAAAUCAGGCCUCUGAAUUACUUCCCUCUGAGCAGCUGCUGAUCCAGCCCUUCAAGCUCCGAUAUGAGCUUUUUACAAGUGGCCAAGGUUCUGUAAAAAGGGAACAAAAUGAUACAUGUUCUGGGAGCACAAUGGUUUCGCACCCUGCUUUAAUAAUGCCAUGGCAGAUUACCCCCCCUCCCCCCCUCUUCCUUGCAGAUAGACGAGGAUGAAAAUCCCCAUUGUGCAGACAUUAAAUUGCUUAGAGAUGUUAG